AUGUCGUUCCAAUUGACCUCGGCGCAUUCCUCCCGUAUCACAAAGAGUAGAAGACCAAAGCCAGAUCCCCUAGGCCUACGCCGGUCAUCAACAGGAAGCCCUCGCCGAAAGUCAUCGCAGGCCUCACCGGAGAAGAAGACCUCCUCAAGUAAAGAAGAUGAAUUCUUCGAUGAGAAACUGGACGACAUGGGCAUUAUAGCAUCUCUUGCCACUGAUCUGAACUUUCGCGAUGUACCCAUGUUCUUGCAGUACAUCCAAAGCCGCAUGUUCAGUGACAUACCCGAAAGAGCUUCUGGGAUGAACGGAGCCCGAAUCGCGGACGUGUUGAACUAUCGACUCUCUCUACCGCCCAUAGUCACAUUGGCGCAUAUUCAUGCUUUGAGCAAGUCGCCUACUACAACCGAGAGGGAGAUUGCAGAGCUGGCACGGGCAGGUGUCAUUCGGAAGAUUGCAAUUCCUAACCGCGGCACAGGAGCUUCGACAGUUGGCGAGGGGUUAGUGUUAGUGUCUGAAUGGGAGAGGCUGGUCCAAUCCCAUCCCGGCCUCGACGAGGAAGUAAAAGCUAAAUACAUAUCCCUCUUGAAGAGCAACCCAACAACAUUAAACAUCUCCGGCAUAGAAUUUACCCCCAACGAAGCCUCCGCGCUGACAGAAGCCGGUUUCCUCACCACAGCAAGCGCAUCCUCCUCCGUAUCUAGUCUCUUUGCUCGGCCUGGUGCCGGAAGUCUUGGUACUCUUGCCUCUCUAGCCACGGCAGGAUCAAAGAACGCUUCAGGCUCUUUAGCAGCCGUGGGCGGAGCACAAGCCCAGCAAAACAUCAGCGGCGGAGGUUCAGGACGCAGAACUGGCUCAUUAGCUCGCUACAAUUUCUCCCUACCCAAUACCGGUGUAGUCCUCCGGCUUAUCGUCGAUGCACGCAACCACCUCCUUGGCAUGCUGAAGAAGACCAAGUAUCGAGAGGCACCAAGAAACGUACUUCACGAACGCUGGGAUGGAGAGUUCACGGGCGUUCUCCCAGGGCGCACGAAGAAGUGGAGACAACUCAACGGAAUAAGAUUCGAAUGGAUCUUGGAGGAAUGUGUUGGAGCUGGCCUGGUCGAGCUUUUCGAGACUGGUAGUGUUGGGAUUGGCGUAAGGGCUACAUAG